AUGCCAGUCGCUAGACGGACGAUAGCGAGAACCGCUCGCGAGUCGGUACCUCUUCCCGACGACCUCGUCAACUACCUCGAUCUCAUCCCGCCCAUCUUUGGACAAGUCCAGCACAACGCUUCUAAUCACCGGAAAAACGUAGUGUCUCUUAGAAAGAUCCAGGACAAAUGUGCCGAGAUUACGGAGCAGGGUCCGAAGGGCACGAUGCUGGUUGGGGAAAAGGGGUUCAAUACCAAGUUUAUGGAGUGCCUUGAGAGGGUGUUGCCUGUCAAGAAGGGAGUAGCCGUAGCGGAUCGAGUGGUUGCGUUCGUCGGGAAGUUCGUGACCUACACCACGGAACAGGGUGAGGAACGAUCGAUACGUAGGAUUACCGGCGAGAAUGGCGUCGUCGAAGGUCCUUCCUCCCGCUUCACGAUCAAGCUCACCAGACACCUCCUCUCCGGCUCAUCCGCCAAAGACAAGUCCGUACGAUACCGAAUCGUCCAGACCCUCUCUGUCCUGCUAAACAGCCUCGGCGAGAUCGAUGACGACCUGUAUGAGCCUCUACGGACCACCUUGGUCGCCAGGGCCAACGACAAGGAACCGAGUAUUCGAGUCCAGGCAAUCUUGGGUCUCUCCAAGCUGAUGGGAGGAGAAGAUGAGGAAGAACUCGAUGAGGACGAACCUAGCCUCAAGGAGAUCGUACUCGACAUGAUGCGAUUCGACCCCGCUGCCGAAGUCCGCCGAGUCGCCUUGUAUCACCUUCCUCUCCAGCCAGAGACAAUUGAGCAUAUCUUGGCCCGAUCCAGGGACGUGGAUUCGACCUUGAGAAAGGUACUCUACAGCAAUAUUCUGAACAAUAAGAACGUCCCGGACAUGAGGGUGUUGACGAUCGGCCAACGGGAGGAUCUCAUCAAGAAUGGGUUGGGUGAUCGGGAGGCGGCGGUCAGAAACGCGGCUUCAGGGAUGAUCGGAGGUUGGAUUGGGGAAGAGUUUCUGGAGCGCUUCGACCUUUCCAACCCGCAGACAGCGGAAGAAGCGCUGUUGUCGCUGUUUGGCACGCGAAGAGAGCUGGUCGACGACCUGGAGUUUGAUGAGGCGUUCUGGAACGAAAUGACGCCAGAGAGAGCCUUUUUAGCUCGAGUGUUCGUAGAUCACUGCGCAACUAACAAGGACGACGCUCGACUUGAAAGGGUCCUCCCGGUGGUGACCUCAUUUGCCUUCAAGAUCCAAGACGAAUUCAACACCCUCAUCAGCAUGCUACCUGAGGAUGCUUUACAGCCUGGUUUCGUCGGUAAAAGUUUCGUGGUGGCCGAAUUGUGCAAGCUUGCGGUCGGGCUGGAUUAUGCGGACGAGAUCGGGCGACGCAAGAUGUUCCAGUUGGCGCGCGAGAUGAUCUCGCAGCCAUCCUUGCCAGAAUCGCUCAUCUCCCUAUGCAUGAACAUCCUGGCUAGCAUUUCUGACAGCGAACGUGAUCUCAUUCGAGUGAUCGUGGAUGUCGUGACCGAAAUCCGUCUGGGAGAAGACGAAGGGAGAGAUCGAGGGAUGUCCAUUAUGGCCGACGAUGAUUCCGCCUCGGUUGCAACGUCGGUACGAUCCGUUACACGCCGACGGAGACAGAGUAUACUAGCCAAAGCGAACGAUCCGGCCGCACAACUUGAAGCUGCUACCAUCGAUCUGCGUUGUUUGCUCGUCUGCGGGAGCCUGCUAGAACGAGUCAAUGGAACGCUUCGUGAUAACGAGGUCUUUGCAGGUGUCAUAAGCGACCUGAUCGUACCGUCUCUACGGAACAAGGAGGAACCGGCGUUGAGAGAGCAGGGUUUGAUCUGCCUAGCACUGUGCUGCAUGAUCGAAGUCAGAAUGGCCAAGGAGUCGUUCAUCCUCUUCAUGCAGCAGUUGAACGCAGGUGAUGAUGAUCUUCGAAUCAAGACAGCGCAGAUUCUGUUCGAUCUCUUGAUGGUGCAUGAUAUCGGCACAUUGGUACAGGAUCUAAUGCCGGUCGAGCAAGUCGUCGGAUUGGUUCGACAUAUUCUCGCGCUCGACGUUCCUGGACUCCAGGCCGUGUCGGCUGAGGGUAGCGCCAAGCUCUUGCUUAGUGGAAUGCUUUACGAUGCAGGACUCUUGCAACAACUUGUCCUACUGUUCUUGUCGAGUGACACAGUGACAAAUUUGCCAUUACGCCAAUGUCUGAGUUACUUUUUCCCGGUAUAUUGCUAUUCUUCGCCCUUGAAUCAACGGCGCAUGCAAGAGAUUGUAGUUCCGACAAUCGAAAUGCUGGCGACGCAGAUCAAGGCAUUCGAUCCCAACGAACAGGCGAUGCCACUGAGUCAGAUGGCACUAUUACUCGUGGACUGGACGGAUCCUAGCAAGGUCGUAGAGCGAGAAGGUGUUGAGUACGAUCAACAGAUCCAUUUCUACCUUGCCGAAGGGCUACUCCGAAUGAUCGCGACUCGCAGUGACAAGGAAAUGCGAAAGACGAUUACUGCGCUGUUGUCAAAGCUCUAUCUUCCCGAUCAAGUCGAAACGCCAAGGCUGCAGGCCAUGGUUGUCCUGAUCCGUAAUAUCGCCUCGCGACGCCCACUGGCUGAUGCCGCUUCGCGAAAUGCACUCUCUCGAUUUGAAAAAUCGCUCACCAAGCAUUAUCCUGAACAGCUAGAAGAGGCGAUAGACGAAGAUGCGUUGCGUCGGAUUGAGACGCUCGAGUCGGUAUGGGGUGUUAUCGAUAGACUGUGA